CGCCGGCUACUGGUAUCAUUAUUUUGUGAAAUUCGAAUUACUUUCGUAUAUCUUUUCUUUGUUGAGCUGAGUGAACUUUUCUGAGAUUUUUCAUAUUUCAGCCAUAGUUAACAUGUCCAUUUUCACACCCAUUCCAGAAGCUCUUGAAGCUUUCAAAAACGGAGAAUUCUUGGUCGUCAUGGACGACGAGGACCGUGAGAAUGAAGGCGACUUAAUCAUUGCUGCCGAAAAGACCACCCAGGAAAAAAUGGCCUUCUUAGUUCGUCACUCUUCGGGCUAUGUAUGUGCUCCAUUAUCUACAGAGAGAGCUGACCAACUUGGAUUACAGCCUAUGCUUGCUGACAGAACAGAUAGACACGGAACUGCUUAUACGGUGUCAUGUGACUAUGCAGACGGAACCACAACGGGGAUUUCGGCCCACGACAGAGCUUUGACGGCGAGAAAGUUAGCUGAUCCUACCUCUAAGCCAGAAGACUUCAUAAGACCAGGCCAUCUCUUGCCCUUGAGGGCUGUACCAGGUUUGGUUUCUAAGAGAAGAGGCCACACCGAGUCAGCUGUGCAGUUGUGUAAAUUGAGCGGCUUGCAACCUGCUGCCGUUAUCUGUGAAUUGGUCAGAGACGAAGAUGGCUUGAUGCUGAGAUUGGACGACUGUAUCGAGUUCAGCAAGAAACACAACAUCAAAAUCAUCAACAUCAAGCAGUUGGUGGAACAUAUCUCCAAGUAAGUUUGGCAAGUCGCUUGUAACUUCAUUAAUGUGUUUGGCAUAAAUUAUCAUUUACAUUUUUCGCAGCCAUCUAAUGACAAUGCUUCAGAACCUUAAACCUCUCUGCUACGCAUUAAUAGAUAAAACUUCUAAUCUUUAAUGUAUAUAUUUAUAGUUGUACGUAAUUCAAGACACUCUAAG